CAUCUAUUCAAUCGAAAGAACUUCAUUUGUAGAGACACAGGGACACAUAUGCAAACACACAUACAUAUGACUAGAGAGAGAAACAAGCCAAAGAGGGAAGAAGUUCGCAACUUUUAUAUGCAUGAUUCAUGACUAGGUUUUUUCUAUGAUGGGGGGAACUGGUGAAGCAGACCGCAAACGUCACUUCAGUUCAAUAUCGUCUCCUACUACCGCUGCUGCUAAUAAACAUCCAUUUGUGCCUUCUUCUGAGGAUAAAAAGCUUGACACAGUGGUACUGAAAUUUCAAAAUCAAAAGCUUGUUCAGAAGUUAGAAUCACAAAAGGUUGAAUGUGUUGCUCUAGAGAACAAGUUCAGUCAACUUAGGGAGAAACAAUUGCCAUACAACAAAACUUUAGCAGUAGUAGACAAGUCUUGGGACGAGCUAAUUGAUAAAGUAGAGUCAUGCUCUAUUCGCACAAAGAAUCUGCUGAGUCAUGAUCGUGGUAACAAACAUCAUCUGGUUGCAGGGGAUAAUGCAUCACCACCUCCAGAGGAUGUAUUUCUUCACCGACUUCUUGAAAAAGGUGCAACUGAGAGUAGCUCUGCAAAUAGCACUCCAAGUCAAAUGCAAGAAAAUCGAGAGACAGGUGGCAACAAAGUUCAGAAUACUUUCUGCAAUAUUGUUCAUGCCAUUGAUGGUCUAUGGGGCAUGGAGGAUGGACUGUAUGCCAAAGCUAUAAAGCAACUUCCAGAAGGGUCAUGCAGACCAGACUCAUCUAUUGAGUUAGAGAGGGAAGUGAAGAAUUUGAGAUUGGCAAUUGGUGAUAUGCAUAUAAAGCACAGAUCUUUGGCAAGAGAUAUGCAGUUCCACCGAGAUACUGAUGCUAAGAAUAAAUCAGAGCUUAGACAAUUGAAGGGGGAGCUGGAGUGUACAAUUGCAGAAUUGGAAGAAAGCAACAAGAACUUGUCUGUCCUGAAAGCAGAGACAGAUGCUGCAAAAGGAGCAAUUUUCCCUGUAAUUCUUGGAAAUAAACGAGUUGCUAAUGAUAGGGCAAGAGAAAAAGAAAAGGAUCUACAUGAUAUGGAGUCUUUAUUAAAAGAAUUACUGGAUCAAGCUUCUUCGAGACAACAAGAACUUAAGCGUUUACAUGAAGAAAGAAUGGAAAUAUUGAAACAAUUAUCCAGCUUGCAGAAUAUCUUAAAGAAUUCGAAGGGGAUUUUUUCUUCUGAAGCCUUUAUCUUAGUGAAAGAUCAGAUUGCUAAGGCAAGAGGAGAUUUAGUCCAGUAUCAAGCUUUAUUCCAGAAAUUGCAGGUUGAGAAAGACAACCUUGGGUGGAGGGAAAAAGAAGCCAACAUGAAGAAUGAUAUAGGGGAGGUUUUGCGUCGAUCUUCUUCUGUUUCAGAUUCUAGAAUUAGUGACCUAAAGAUGGAAAUACAAAAACAAAUCGAUGGAAGAAAGUUAAUCGAAGCUAAAUUAGAAGAAGCUUCUAGAGAACCUGGUAGAAAAGAAAUCAUUGCAAAGUUUAGAACUUUUGUGUCUUCGUUUCCAGAAGAUAUGGGAAGUAUGCAAACUCAAUUAAGAAAACACAAAGAGGCUUCUUCAGAUGUUCAUUCAUUGCGUGCUGAUGUUCAAUCUCUUUCCACCAUUCUUGAUAGGAAGAUGAAAGAGCUGGAAGCAUUAUCUAGUAGAUCAGCUGCCCAAUCUGCUGAAAUACAGAGACUGCAUGCAACGAUACAUGACUUGGAGGAGAGUGACUCAGAAUUGAAGCUAAUUUUAGACGUGCAUAGGCGAGAAACAAUCUAUUCAAGGGAGUUUAUUGAGGCUAGGAACUGUGAGUACAAGGCAUGGGCUCAUGUUCAGAGCUUGAAUUAUUCCCUUGAUGAGCAUAACUUGGAAACACGAGUGAAGACAGCCAUUGAAGCUGAAGCAGCAUCUCAGCAAAUGUUAGCUGCUGCAGAAGCUAAAAUUGCUGAUUUGAGGCAGAAAUUGGAAAAAUCUAAAAAGGAAAAAUAUAAACUCUCGGAUGUCUUGAAGUCCAAGCAUGAGGAAAAUGAGGCUUACCUUUCUGAGAUUGAGACUAUUGGGCAGGCAUACGAUGACAUCCAGACUCAAAAUCAACAGCUUUUGCAGCAAAUAACUGAGAGAGACGACUAUAACAUUAAGCUUGUUUUGGAGGGAGUGCGUGCAAGACAGCUAAAUGAUUCUCUUCUCCUGGAUAAAAAAACCACAGAAAGGAAGAUCCAACAGGGCAACACAUUGAUUAAUUUCUGUGAAACAAAAGCAGAAAGAAUCGAAGAUCAGACAAAAUCAUGUUCAGAUCAUGUCGAGAAGGUGUCUGAAACACGGGUUCAAAAAACAGGCGCUUUGGAAAAUACUCAAAGGAGACUGAGCGAUGUUAAAAGAACAUCCCAGCAGUUAACAGAGUCCUUGGAUGAAUCACAGAGCAAGGUCGACACAAGUCGAGUCAAUCUCAUGGAUUUGCAGAUCCACCUAGAAAAAGAAAGGUUUGAGAAAAAGAGAGUUGAAGAGGAGUUGGAAUGCGCAAGAAGAAAGCAUACACGUCUAAGAUCACAAUUAGACGGGUCUUCGGUUGUUGAAAAGCUUCAACAGGAGCUCAAAGAAUACAAAGAAAUACUCAAAUGCAGCGUUUGCCAUGACAGGCCAAAAGAGGUGGUGAUUACGAAAUGUUAUCAUCUAUUUUGCAACACGUGUGUUCAGAAAAUCAUUGAAACACGGCAUCGCAAGUGUCCUCUUUGUGCUGCAAGUUUUGGUCCAAAUGAUGUCAAACCUGUUUACAUCUGAAUCCAAACUUUGGGAUUCCUAUGACCAUGUAAAAUAAUAUCAAAAAAAAAAAAAAAAAACUUUUUCUCCCCACCCCACCCCACAAAUCAAUAUGGGAUUUGUUUGUUGCUAUUGGUUUUUGGAUUUUCUUCAUUUUGCAUAGUUUGUUUUUAGAUUUUAGUGUAGUAGUUUGUCAAAGUUUGUUGUUGGUUUGAUUUUUAAAUCUUGUUUUUAGCAACACUUAUAAGGUAUUAUCAUUUACUACUCAUUUCAUGAAUCAAAAAGUUUUGUUUCAAGUUUCAA